AUGCCAAAAACUAGGUCGCAACGGAACGCUGGUAGAUCCAAAGGGAUGGAGCGAAGUGGCCCUCAACACUCUCAUCGGGAUCCAACACCUGAAGAAGGAGGGGCGGGGCCCUCACGAAUUCCGCCCGAACAGCUAGUUCAAACGGUGGCAGCAAACUUGCCCACCUUCGAGGCGAUCAUGAACUACCUCAAAGGGCAAUCGGGGGGUCAGUCCGACAAGGAGCCUAAAGUCCAAGGAGCCGACCUGUCAGAGUCCCGAACUGGGAGUCCCAAUCCCGGGGCCAAGCGGGCGCAUCGGGAACUCACGCGUGAGCAGGUCGAGGUCGUAGAGCCAUCUCACAAGAACUCCCGGACUGAACAUCCAGAGCCCGUCCGGAGGCUCUCCCCCCGGAGGGAGCGGCAACAGGUACGGGACGAGCUGGACCUAAUGCUCGACCCGGAGGCGGACAGGUACAUCGCUUCCCCCUUUGUGCUUGACAUCGAGGAAUUCCAACUGCCCGCGAAGUUCAAAAUUUCAACCAUGAAAUCUUACGACGCCACUACGGAUCCGGAAGACCACCUGUUCGUGUUCAUGACGCAGAUGCGCUUACAAACGGCCGCGGAUGCGGUCAGAUGCAAGACCUUCCCGAUGUUCCUAGAAGGAAGGGCUCGGCAGUGGUUCCAGGGCCUCCCACCCAAAUCGAUCAGUUCUUUCACCCAGCUCGCGCGACUGUUCUCGGCACAGUUCGUUUCCUCACGAGCCUUCUCUAAAAGCACCGCCCACCUUAUGACCAUCCAACAAAGGGUCGAGGAAUCACUGCGGGAAUACAUGGUGCGGUUCAAUAACGAAUCCCUUCAGGUCCGCGACCGAGACGACAAGGUGGUCAUGGCUGCCUUCAUUAACGGGCUACGGAAGCAGAAGUUAUACACCGAGCUCGUGGAGAGACCGCCUAAAUCAGUUCGGGAGAUGCUGGAUCGAGCUCAUGAGAAGGCCAAUGCUGAGGAGGCCAACCGCUUGAAGAGCGCUCAGGAGAGGCAGAGGGACGACAAGCGCCGAAGGAUAACCGACCAAGGGGACGUGCGACGUGACCAAGGGCGGAAGACUACCUAUGACCACCCGCCUAGAGGUCGGCCAUUAGGGGGGGACAAGCCUUGGACUUCCCUCACGGCCCCCCGGGCUCGGGUCAUUUCGGUGAUGGAGCAGGAAGGGCUUUCCCGACCUCCCCGACCCUUGGCCGGAGACAAAAGCAGACGGGAUCAGGACCUGUACUGCGCUUACCACCGAGACGUCGGACACGAUACUGAGGACUGCCGACACCUCAAGAAGGAGAUCGAAAAGCUGAUACGAAGAGGCCAUCUCGAGCAGUUCGUCCGUGACGGACGAGCAGAUCAGAGGCCAGGGGGGUUCAAGCGAGACCGGGCGACCAGCUCGCACGACCGACCUCGAGGUCCCCAUGAUCGGACUCCGGAGCAGGGGGUUCAGAACCUGGCCGGGGUGAUCAACACCAUCGCAGGGGGACCUGCAGGGGGAGAUAGCCAUACAGCUCGGCGGAACAAUCGGCCUCCUCCCAGCGGGGAGAGCUCGAACAAACGUUUGAAGAUGUACGAGGAGAUCGUCUAUGGACCAGAGGACGCGGUACCCUUAGCCUCCAACAAUCAUGAGGCAAUUGUGAUAGAGGUCAUCACGUGCAACAACAAAGUAAAGAAGGUAUACAUCGACAACGGGAGCGCCAUCGACGUGCUGUACUACAAAACUUUUAAAGAGUUGCAGCUGGAGGACAAGCAGCUCAUCCCAGUUCGUACUCCCCUGAUAGGCUUUGCAGGUCCGCCCGUAAGACCGGAGGGAAUGAUAACUCUCACGGUCACUAUUGGGGAAUCACCGAAGUGCCGAACUAUUCCGGUGAACUUCGCAGUGGUAAAGGAGCCGUCCUCUUACAACAUGAUACUAGGGCGUCCAACCUUAAACGCACUCCGAGCUGUCUGCUCAACUUUGCACCUCAGCAUGAAGUUUUCAACGUCUGAUGGGGUGGCCGAGGUGCUGGGAGACCCGGAGGUAGCACGAGCCUGCUAUAUCGCCACCCUUAAGGGUAAGGAGAAGCUGGUGGCGCAGACAGUCCUUCUGGAGCCCUGGGAGCCUAUUGAGAAGGAGGAGAGGUUGGAAACGGACGAGAGUCUGGUUGAAGUGCCCAUUUGCCUAGAGCGACCUGAUCGAGCGGUCAGGGUUGGAUCGGGCCUAAACGAGCCAGCACGGAGAGCUCAGUUCAAAUUGUUCAUGCUCAAGCAGGUCCCGUGA